AUGCUAAACCUGGGGAUCCCUCACCUUCUGCAGCUUCUGCAACUGUUGCUGUUGCUGUUGCUGCUCAAAUGUCAAGGCUGGGCGGACCGGUUCGGGUUGUUACUCCGCCUGCCUCGUGUCUUUUCAUGGUCUUCAACCUACUUGGGAGAAACUGACUGUUGGCUGACUUGGUCUUGGUCCUGGUCUUGCAUAAAGAACAUUGCAAAUGUGCGAAAUGAGCAGCAUUGA